CCCUGGCCGAGCUACGUUUUAUUUAAGAGUACCAUGAUGCUUUAAAUACUCCCUCUCGAUUCUUAGCACGUCGUCUCUUGGCCCUCGCUACGCCUGACACACUUUCCAUCCAAGAUGACCUCAUUCCUCCUCCUUCAAUCGUUGAUAUUGUAUCUCGCCCCUCUCGCCUCAGCGACAUGUUACUAUCCCGAUGGCACGAUCGAGACAAGCAAUGAGUACCAACCUUGUGUCGCGACGGUAGGAACAUUCUCCAUGUGCUGCGCAACGAACCGCGCCCAACUCCCAGAUCAAUGUCUCCCCAAUGGAUUAUGUCACAAUCCGUGUGCAACUUCGGGCUUCUGCGGUGACUCGACAGGUGGCCAAUACUGGCGUGAGUCGUGUACGGACCCGACUUGGAGCAGCCCCUAUUGUUUGAAGAACGUUUGCACGAAUAAGGCUCAGAGUGGCGGUUCGUCUAAUGGUACUGCUGCCGUAUCCCUUUGUGUUGCAGACGGGACGUGGUGCUGCGGAGGAGACUUGAAUUCAACUGCCUGUUGCGCGUCGAAUGUCGUUCGGGUUGCGAUAGCGGCGACGGUGGGAGUAUCGAGCACGAGCACGAGCACGAGCACAAGCACAAGCACGAGCGCUACGAUAUCUACGAGCAACACUAGCAACCCGACAAUAACGAGCACCGGCACUUCAACAUCUUCAAGCGCAAUACCACCGGUAUCGUCAAGCAAUAACGGGGAGAGGGUUAAGCUGGGGGUUGGCCUCGGAGUUGGAGCUGCAUGCAUACUUGUUACUGCCAUUGCUGCUUACCUCUUGUUAAGGAAAAGCAGACGAGAAAAAGAGCAAUACGGGUCGGUCCAAAGUGGAAAUACCCAAGGAUAUGUUGGUCCAAUUGUCUCGCCAAAGGCAGAGUUGGACACUAGGGUUUAUGAGAGAGCCGAGCUAGGUUCGGGAAAUCAUCAGACGCCAUAUUCGGGGAAUGUAGUGUACCAUGAAGUUCAUGCUUGAGACAAAAAGGCAAAUCAAGUUUACAAAAGUACUUUGAGGAUGCAUCCCUUUC